AUGGCGGUGAAGAUGGGGACCUUUAACGGGGCGAGCGUCUUUCUGUCGCGGAAUCUGGUUCCGCCGGAGAUGUUUGACGCUCUCCAUGACGCCCUGCGCCUCAACGGAGCUCAGGUCUUCCUCUGCUGCGACCCGUCGCGGAACGCGUCCAAUGACUACCACGUCAUCGCCACACCGGAUCAUGUGAGUGAGAGCGCUGAAUGAAGGUUUCGAUCAACCAGCGCGAUCUCUUUUCUCUGUUUCUCUUCCGAUUACCGUGGACUUGACGGUGGUCAAUUGGUGUGUCUUCAGGAGAAGUUCGCGGAUCUCAGAGCUAAGGGUUGUAAUCUUCUCGGUACCUACCCCGGAACAACGAUUUAUUUUGCUUUAGACUACACUAGACUCAUCUGUCCUUUGACAUGUUUACUAAAUCUGACGAAUAAUCAAAUGUUGACUCCGCGAACUUGUCUCUUACCGUAGUCAUUGCACUUGGUGCUUUCCAAGGGCUAAAUACAUAAUUUUGGGAAACCAUCCUAUUCUUUAUUAUUACGAAAUGCAAAUAAUCCGAAUGGCAGAGACAUUUGGUUGCUCCAGUGGAUUGGAUCAUAAUGAAUCCAGCCUCCUUUGCUCACUGACUUAAUUUGCGUUUUGCUGUAUGCAAGUUAUAGCAAUGGCACAGUAUUAGCCAUAGGAAUAAUGACCUACGUCAUUGACGAAUAACACGCUUUUUACAUUUCCCUAUCUGUCCUAAGUUCUCAAGCCAAGUAUAAGCCAGUUUGGCAUUGGGAGAAAAUGCUGUCUCUCUCUCUAUGUGUGUGUGUGUGGGGGCGCGCGUGUUUACACAGUGCGUAUUAAAAGAUACCCUCGAUUUUCCCUUUUUCAACGUAUUUUUGGUUUCCAAAAAUUCGUGCUCACGGAGACUCAGGAAAAUUUUAGUUUAGCAUACAUGCUUGAAGACAAACUGUGAAAAGAUACAGUAGCGAAAUAAAAUACCGAAAAAAGUGAAUUAGUUUCGUGCUAAUUUUGAAUAAUUUUUAGUAAUUACUGUCGUUACUAUUGUAGUCAGGUAUUCUUGCUUCCAUUCUUUUUCUUUUUUUUCUGCUCAUCAUCUCACAGUUUUCUCCUGGGUAUUUAUUGCUAGACACAUAUCAGGCAAUGCCUUAGUAACUGAGUUAAAUAUUAUCUUACAUGAAACAAAGCACAGUGAGGUACUUAAGUGUUUAACAGUAACUGCCGAAUUCUCUUUCUCAAACUUAAGCUCCAUGCUUUGUUCGGAUCUCAAUUUCAGUUUCCUUGCUUACUGGUUGCAAAAAUGUCCCUCCUUUGGGAUAUUUACAUCUAGUCAUUCAGUUUUUCCGGCAUGUGGGAACAAUGUCUGCAUGCCCUCCUGCGAGCACUGCUGUUGGAAAAUUCUUUAUCUAUCAUACAUACUCUUAAUCACGUGUCUAGGUCUGUUACCUAAGAAUGUAUUUUAUUUUAUCAAGUGUAUGCUGUCUACCCGUUCAUCAAUGAGCAAAUGUAUUCCAUGGACAUUAUUCAAGGUGUCACCCCCUCAAUCGAUACAUGUACAUUUUUCUCAUACGCCUUACAGUGGGCUCUACAUGUGCUGAGUAAAAUUGACUGGACCUGUACUGCAAGAAUAGGCUAGAUGGUUGAGUGGCUGAAGGCGUAAAAAACUGAAUUCUUUUUCUAUAUUUAUUGUCACAUUGUUCUUUGGGUUUGCAUUUCCUCAUCUAGAUGUCGAAAUUGUUAAGUCUACUUGAGUAGCAGGUUUCUUUUCUGCAAACAACAUGCAAGCAUUUAUAACUUGUUAAGCUCACAUCUUGUCAGGACCACAUUGUGUGCUUUCUUGUGCUAAAGAACGAAGAGUUUUGCCUAAACAAGUUUACACUUGCUGCCUUGCAAUGGAUGGUGUUAGAGUUCUUGCUUCUGGCUUUGAGAAAGAUGAAAAGGUGAUUCGUUUUGUGUGAAAUGCGUAAAACGUGUGCUCGCACAGUAUCAGACACAUUUUCAGUGCAUUCCUCGAAGAAUAUUCUGGAUUCAUUUAGUCAUUAAUAGCUCGAACAUACUAUCUGACUUUCUCUUUUAAUUUUUUUGCUAUUCUUACCCUGAAAUUUUCAAAAAACUAGGUCGCCUCCUAUAUAGGACUAAUAUAUAAUUGAGUCCGUAAAGUAUAUUUUUACAGAGUUUAUGGGAGUGUACGAGAAUCACAUACAAGUUUAGUCAAUUUGUGAUUAGAUGUAUUACUAUUAAAAACGCAUAUUUGAUCUCCACCACAUGAAAAUUUGAAUCUGGUUUUCAUCCUUCAAUGGAUAAGUGUAGCCUGCCUUGUAAACAUACUUGAUUCCAUGCUGGAUACACUGAAGAUAUAAUUUUCUUUAAAUUUCCCACAAAAUAAGGAGACUUUUAUUGAUCUCGCUGUUAGAUAUGACCCCACUCUUGACAAAGAGAAAGCUAAGCAAUGACAGGAACCACUUUUUUUCCGAAUGAUUGAAUCAGGUACUUAUAGAAGAUGAACUCAUCCCUCAUAUAGGUCUGUAGUCUAUAGUGCUAAGAGGCCAGAAGGAUACGCUCUAUGCUCCUUAGUUGACUGCAUGACAAGGAUACUCGUGUGAGAAUCCUAGUAUUGAGAAUUUUUUUAAUCCAAAUCCAGUCUUCUUGUGUGUUCUAUAUUGCCCUUAAGGACUGAUGUGGCGUUCUAGUAUGGAGCUUGUAAUUAUGGGCUUAUGACAUAUCUACAAUUAAGCCUCCUUUUUAUUGCCGACAUCACACGUGCAAGUUAAUAGUUAAAUUCAAUUCCAUGUUUUCACGCUCUUAUGAAGUAUUGUAUUGUCUUCCAUUCUGAUAUCUGACAUCAUAAUCUCAGGGAAUUGUUUGCUUCAAGAUUUGUAAAGUUUGCGGCAAAAUUCAUGAAUGUUUUUGAUACAGAUUUAUCUCAUCUCUUUAGUUGGUUUUGACUCGAAUAAUUUCUGCUUUGUAGGUCAAGAUCGAACAGUUAGUAACUGCAAUGGGUGGAACACUGGUUAACAAAGCAGCAUUAGAUGUAAACUUUGUAGUUGCUAAAAAUGUAUUGGCUGCGAAGUACAAGGUGAAUAGUUUCCUCUAUAAAAGUUAAUAUAUUCUGGGAAUCGUUUUCUUUAUCGAAAGAAAAUCCUUAUCAGCAAUGGGUAGAACAUCCUUAUCUGCUAAUGUUUUGGAUUUUAUGCACUUCCACAACCAUUUAAUCAGCAUGAGAUCAUUGAGUACAUAAACGUAUGCUGGCUUUGAUUUUUCACGAAGCACUAGUCCAAGGUUAUUGCUUGUCUUUGUUUUGUCUGACGUACAUUCGCCGCCUAAAACAGUGAUCUAUCUUCCACCGUCCUGCAACAAUCUUACAAGUUCUCGAUUGAAGGGCACUACUGAUGCCAGGUGAUAGAUUGGGAUAUGGUAUCUGGCAUCACUGUGUAGUAUUAUUAGUUGCUAAUCGAUCAUGAAUGCAGUGUCUGCUGACCAAUGUCUUAGAUGCUCAUGAACCAAAUGUAAAAACCAGUAUCAUACUUUGUUCUCUUUCUAGAAGCCACAUAUUGAUUGUCGAAAGUUAUAUAGUCUUCGCUGUCAUAGCAAAAGGAUACCUUGUUAUAAAUAGCUCUAGAAACCCCUAUGAACUUAAUUCCUACAUGUUUAGACUAGGAAACUAGACGAACCAUGAUAAUUUUGGCACCUCUUGUUUGUUUCCAUAGGAUCUAGUCAACGUGCCUUGUUAUUUACUUCAAUAUAUCUAAUGUGUGGGGAGAUGGAUUCAUUGUCUGCAAGUUCCAUCAACAACAUGUGCUGAAUUAUGUCCCAUUGUUCAUGGAUACAAAUAUUUAAUACGUCGUGUAAGAGAAGAGACAAAUAUAAAGAAGACAUCAAUUCAGAAUUAUCUUUAUAUUCUGUAACUUUUUCUGAAACUCCACUCGUUCCUUUUUCGCCACGGAGCCUUUGUCUUCAUUUAUUAAUGGUAGAAUGUUUACUUUGCGCUUCUUUUUGUAUAUAACAUAUGUUGAAUUCGUUGCAGUGGGCUCUGUAUAUUCUUAAGAAGCCUGUUGUCAGCAUGAGCUGGUUACAUCAGUGCUGGGCAGAGCACCGUGUUGUUCCACAGGAACUUUACAGAGUUCUUCCUUUUGCUGGUUUGACUAUUUGUGUGACUGGGAUCCCAGCAGGUCAUUUGCUUAAAGUCCAUCUUCAACUGUUUGCAUAUUUUUUUAAUCUCAAAAUGAUGUACUGUGCAUGAUACGGUAUUUGUUUGUUCAGAUGAUAGGGAAGAGAUGCGAACAUUGGUUAUUCAGAAUGGUGGGAAAUAUUCUGCCGAUCUUACAAAGAAGUGCACACAUUUGAUUUCAGACAUAUCCUUUUGUUAACAUAUUGGUUACUUACGGAUUCAACGAGCGUUGGACAGAAGUAAUGAAUUUUUUUACUGGUAUCUGUGAAUUCUCGUAGUAACUUCCCCAGGAUAAACUAUCUGCAGAAUGUAUCUACCAUCUUCCUUUCAUCUAUGGUUCAAAACGCCUCUUAAAUUAGGUAAGCCCUAUGUCUCAAUUUUGUAGAUAAGAUGUAACAGAAUUAUGUGGUUUGAAGGGAAAGCAUUUCAUAAGUUAAUAUUUAACCCAUUUGCCGUUAUAAAAUUUCAUUAAAAACAAGGGAAGAAUGACGUUUUUUUGUGGAAAGUUUCAUCAGAUUGUUAAAUAUUUCUCACGAAUAUCACACAUUGCAACUCCGCACGCAUUGUCCUUACUUAAUUCAAAGUGAUCGGAACCUCUCUAUAUCUAUGACAUUUUCAAUUCGGAUUUUCUCAUGAAAGUAUGGGAUGCGUGGUUGAAUCCAGAUCAGCGUUGACAAUCUUAAGAACUAGAAUGUGGCCUGUACACAAACUAACUUGGAAAAUUCUUAAACUUGACUUCUAUACAAACCAAAUGAUCCAUACGUUGUUUAAACCUGCAUAUAAGCAUGUAUCUGAUGGGUUAUGCUAUAUCCUCAGACUAUGUCUGUAUUUUGUAUGUUACAGUUUGUCUACUGGAUUCAUGGAUUGAGCUAUAUCUUGUAUUAAUAUUCCUGGACUGCCGUCGUCCCAAAACUUUUCACCAUUAUUAUCUCCCUCUUUAGCGGUUUUUGGUACUUUUAUGUUUCUUUAUUUUAAUGACUGUUUUUGGUGUUCUUGUGAGUGAAUUCACGUUAUCCUUGACAUUCUAUACGCCCCUGAAGGUGACAAGUACAUGGUUGCAAAGAAAUGGGGAAGUAUUCAUACUGUUAGUCGGAAAUGGUUUGAGCAGUCUAUUGCCAGAAAAGGUGAAUAUUGUGCUGAGUUUUUCUCCUGUGUCAUGCGGAAUACGAUGUUAAAAUUCAAUUAUUGAAAGGAAAUUAUGAGAUUGAAAUUUAUCUAAUAAUACUUAGUUGAAUGUGCAGCUUGUUUAGACGAGGGCCACUAUCCUGUUCGUCAAGUUUCUGCUCCAUCUAGUACGAUAAAUGGCAUGAGAGAACAGUACAUCCAAGAUCAAAGUAUAUUGAUGUCAGAAGCUACGACAUCAACAGAUUUUGCUGACAUUGAUAAUUCAACAUCGCAGAACAUCUCUUCUAAUUUUUCGGAUUGUAGUAAGAUUAUAAGUCAGGACAGGGAUUUGGUUAUGAAUGAGAGUGGAGAUGAACCAAAAUUCGCUUGCAAUGUUGCUAAAGAUUCUGAAGAUGAAGACUGCGACCUGUAUCUGUCAGAUUGUAGGAUACUGGCCGUUGGUUUUGAAGACAAGGACUUACGUAGGCUAGUCAAUAUGAUACGGAAAGGUGGAGGUACGCGCCAUAUGCUAUUGAGCGAAAAAUUGACUCACAUAAUUGUAGGUGCACCGUCAGAAACGUAAGUCCAUUUUUCUUUCUGAAUCAUAUACUUCUUAUGCUUGUUCUAGGAUAUAUUUCCCCUCGUAUUAUUUGAAAAUUUGAUCUAAGCUCAAACUAAAUGCGCCCUUUGUACAAUUAUCGUACAGUGAGAAAAAAGAGGUAAGGCGCUUGGCUGCAUAUGGUGUUAUUAAUGUGGUCAAAACUGUCUGGCUGGAAGAUUGUGAGAUGAUGAAGAAAGAAGUUCCUGUGUCCCAGAGGCAUAUUGCUUGUGAUCUGCUUCUUCCAAAAGGUGUCGUCCUGCUUAUCUUCGUGCCACUUUCUACUCCCACCUGAUAAAUUAUUUUCUGUCUUGAUUUCUUAUGCAUUCUCUUUAGUUCUGGAUAGUCAGUUUUUCCUUCUCCCCCCCCCUCUGGGAAUGCACUUGCAUUUUUUUUAUUUUUGACGUAAUAGUCAUUUUUCUAUUUAUUAUGUAGAUGCUGCACUUUCUAAUAAAAUAUCAUCUUCUAUAGUUUCUGAAUUAAAGAAUAUGAGAAACUUGACUUCACUUCCUCACACGCCGGCAAGUCAAGUACAUUUAUACAAGAGCAACAAAGAAGGAUAUCCGUCGGAGAGAAGCUUUCAAACAGAAACAGUUGAAGUAGUCGCCAAGGAGAAGAAUCUUUCAUUUUCUACAAGCAGACCAAGUCUUGGAAAUAUUGAAGGUAUUGAUGAUUGCAGAUUGCAGUCUAAUUCUAAUGCUUCGGGUACUCAGAGGAAGCCUGAAAGUGUUUUCAAAGGAAUGAGAUUAUGCUUCUCAGAUUCUUUCCCAAAGGACAAGGUUUGACGACUCUAUCAGAGAUCAUUUUUUUUGUUUUGUUGUAAAUCUAUUAAUGAAACUAUAUGCACCGCACAAGCACUGUAAUUCACUGUCAUUUCCUCAUUUUUUGAUGAUAAUAGACAACAACAGAGUGCGAGGUGAGUAUUCAUGGUUUCUUUUCAAGUUCUAUGCCUUCUCUUGACAUGAUGACACUUGAAAGGUUGCUUUAUAAUGAUGAAACGUUAUUGAUUUCGUCUCUAGACAUGUAAUCUAUGCCUCUAAGCAUUUGUAGACCAUUCCCUAAGUUUUUUUUUUUCUUCAUGGUAUGUUAUCGUUAUCGUUACCGUUUUUUUCCUUUCUGUUCCUGAUAGAAUACUUUCCUGUGCAGAGGGCAGAAAUCGAAGAGUGGAUAAUGCAAGGCGGAGGACUGACUGUAGCGCAUCCCAAAAAUGUGGAGUAUGUCAUUGAAUGUCACGGUGCCAAACAGAGAUUUCAUGAUACAUCUCGUCAGUCAACUACGGUUUCCAGUCACUGGAUCCGUUUCUGCCUACAGGUGCAUGCGAAGCUUUUUUAUAGCGCAAUGGAUAUGCCUUUCCUUUUGAAGUAACCAUGAAAAAAUUGUGGCUGUUCUUAGACUGUAAAAUGGGACUCCCCUAAUCUGCCAUUUGACACUAUUUCUCACCAUCGCCUUCCAGCUCUCCCAUCCUUCUACUUCCCUCUUCCGGCCUUAUAUUUUUCAACGUUCGUGCAUACUCUUGCUUAUGAUCAGUUUUUUCAAGCUUCCAGCCAAAAAGAAGCGUGGAAUGUAACUCUUGUCCUGCGUGGCCCAGUGGUGGACAGGAGAUAGAACCCUGGGUUUCACUGGGUUCUGCUGGUUUAGAAGCCCGGCAGCUCCCUACCCCUACAUUAUCUUGAGCCUAUGACGACAUUUUUCGAAACCCAUUCUGAUCUGACAUGAUUCAUGGUUGGUCAUAAAAGGUUCUGGAAAUAUCCUCAGUGAUCCCUCCGAAUUUUAUCUCCUCCCAUAAGAAAAUGUAAACGACAAUUCUGAAAGUUGGAUAGGUCUGGUUUCUCAGAGUUGUCUUCUCUUUGACCUUUGGAACCUGGCAUGUUUGACUUUUAGUUCCAGGACAGACUCAGAGAUGAACGAGGUUUAAUGAUCUGAAUUCAUUUCAUUUCAUUCAAUUUAAGAGACACUCUGGUCAGUGAUUCUGUAAUGGCUAUAGUUUGGCGUGUGAAUGGUUAUAGACUAACAAUUUAAUGGACCCGGUUAGGGGUUUAGGCGGUCUAGUCAAUGGAAAAUAAAAAGUAAACAUAAAUGUGAAGAAUUUAUUAGUUUUUGAAAUUAAAACAUAAUUGGAAUCCUCUAUGCAACGAAAAUUUUGUGUGCUUGUGAUAUUUUAAUUAUUAUCUAUUACCCUUUGCGUUCAUUUUUUUUCUCAUAUGAUUUUCCCAAACACUUAUUACUGUUGAUUCGCAUCUCAUCUCAUCUUAUCAUUUUUCUUUCUGGAUUCUUACCGAUAUCGCUUUCCCAAAUAUUGUUAUAAAAGGAAGGAUGCUUACUGGAUGUCGGAAGCCACGUCCUCUUCUCCCCAUUGCCCUGCAAGAUUCCAUUACCCGGGUUUGAAGGCACUCGGAUCUGUAUCUCCCAGUACGAAGACAAAGAACGGCUCCUAUUGAAAAACCUGUGCUUCACCCUGGGGGCCAAGUUCACAGAGAAGCUCACCAAGAGAGUCACACAUCUGCUAUGUAAAUUUGCCAAUGGCCCCAAGUACGAGGCCGCUUGCACGUGGGGGAUACAAUCAGUCACUGCCGAAUGGGUCAACGAAUGCAUCAAACAGGUAUACAUAUCCGCAUCAAUUCCUUCACAUGCAUCUCUUUACCAUGGUUUAUGAAAACCAUUUAGUCAACGCCCAUGGUUCUGUUAAAUCAUUUGGCUUGUGUGGUUCUCAGGAUAUGAUGGUUCCCAUGGAUCGAUUCCGCCCAAGAGCAGCGACUGCACAGGAUUCGGAUGCUGGACUAUGCAUAACUAGUCAAUACCCCACCCAGGCUGUUCGUAUGAUUUCAGGAGACCUUCCAUCUCAGAUGGGCACCCCGAAGCACUUAGGUAAUUAUCUGAUUAUUAUUUUUCAUAAAAAUUUCCUUUUUCAGCACUGUGCAUAUGAUGCAAGAAACCAUGUUAUGGGCAGGUUCUAG